GCUGAUUUUGUGUGUGGAUUGUUGUAGGUGGGUCUUGUGCAAUUAAGGGGGUGAGGUAGAUAGGAAGGGAGGAUAAAGGUGAGCUGGGCUGGGGUAGCUUUUGAUUGCUUAGUGGGUGCAGUUUUUAGGUAGAGGCUAAGGAAACUCAUCAAACAAGUGUUGGCUUGAUGUUUCACGUUCUCCGAAGGAAACCGGUUUCUUCAUUUAUGUAGAGAUGUAACGGGAGCUGUGGAAUGGCUAGGCGUUUUCAGAAAAUACGAACAGCCUUUAUGCAGGAUAUUUAAUGCAAUCAGAUUACAUAAAUGGGUUCUGACACAUUUAAUGACAGUGCAGCAUUUCUUUUUUCAUUUACUUCAAAGGCUAUGCAAAACUAAAGAGCUCCAGAGGAGGUGCAAUAACAGUAUUUUCUAAUUAAUUUUGUACGCGGGUAUAUUGAUGAAGUGGAGUGAUUUCUUGGCACAGGCUCUGCCGAGCGGAAAAAAAAUCAGGAAGAUUGGAUGGGUUCUCUUCCGUGUUUCUGGUUGCAGGUCGUCUUUCCUUAUUAGUCAUUGGCAAAAUCGGCCAAAACUGCCUCGGACUAAGACGCUGUAUAUGAUGUGCCUGAAUCUGGAUCGUGGGGUCGGAACUUGUCAGUGAAAUUGUGGUCAGAAAUAACUUGAAAAUUUGACAAGUUUACCAACAACUGUACCUUGUUACUGUUCUUAUCCCCUAAUCAAGAGCCUUUUACUUCAUUAAUUUUGCAAGUUGAUAAGCAGAAGUUUUAAUUUCAUGGGUUUUUGUUGUUACUGAAUCACAGAAUAUUCAGAAAGAUAUUCAGAGUCUUUUGGAAGGUUCACUUAUUGUUUAUGAAAACGUUUGAAAUUACUUUGAUUUCUAAUGGUACAUGGUCUGAUGGGGAGAAUUUAAUGUACCCGUGAUGAUAGAAUGCUUAUUAAUCACAGAGCAGGGUUUGCAUGAAUUCCAACUCCACUAAGAAUUUGUCUUUUGAAGGCAUGUUGGGAAUUGGAGGAUUGGGAUAUAAUCUCAGUCCAUAUGCUGGGUCCCUGUAUGGUUGAUAAAAGUUACUCUGUUUUUUUUGUUUUAUUCUUGAGAGCGUUUGCCUUGAAGGAAGAAUGUAGUUCAUUAUUUGAGUAUUUAAGUUGCUUGCUGUUUGAAUUUUAUCAAAGCACUUGCUGCAUGAAUCAUUAGCUCUUUUGCCACAAGAUUUCCUUUGUCUUGCAAUCAACUACAAAAGCAGAAAAAUUGUCAAAACCAAGAAAUUUAAAGAAAGUGCAAGUUUCUGGGACUUGUUACCCUUUGAUUAGGCUAUCAUAAAAUAAACCAUGGAAUCCCAGUCAGAAGUUCCAGUCUGCCGCUGUUCUCUGAUGCAAUGCCAGCACCAUCCCAACUGUUUUUCCCUCUGAUCCGUAACUGUGAACUGAGCAGAAUCUAUGGCACCGCGUGUUACUGCCACCACAAACAUCUCUGCUGUUCAUCUCCCCACGUUCCUCAGAGUCGCCUCAGAUACACACCUCACCAGGCAUAUGCUACCUUUUGCAGGCCAAAGGAGAACUGGUGGCAGUAUACCCAAGGAAGGAGAUAUGCUUCCACACCACAGAAAUUUUACCUCACUCCUCCGCAAGUCAACAGCAUCCUUAAAGCUAAUGAAUAUAGUUUCAAAGUGCCAGAAUUUGAUGGCAAAAAUGUCAGUUCUGUCCUUGGAUUUGACAGCAAUCAGCUGCCUGCAAAUGCUCCCAUAGAGGACCGGAGAAGUGCAGCAACCUGCUUGCAGACCAGAGGGAUGCUUUUGGGGGUUUUCGAUGGCCAUGCAGGCUGUGCUUGUUCCCAGGCUGUCAGUGAAAGACUCUUUUAUUAUAUUGCCGUGUCUUUGUUACCUUAUGAGACCUUGCUAGAGAUUGAAAAUGCAGUAGAGAGUGGUCGUGCACUUCUACCCAUUCUCCAGUGGCACAAGCACCCCAAUGAUUACUUUAGUAGAGAGGCAUCCAAAUUGUACUUCAACAGCUUGAGGACUUACUGGCAAGAGCUUAUAGACCUCAAUACUGGAGAGUCAACUGAUGUUGAUGUUAAGGAAGCUUUAAUUAAUGCUUUCAAGAGACUUGAUAAUGAUAUCUCCUUGGAGGCUCAGGUUGGUGAUCCCAAUUCUUUCCUCAACUACCUGGUGCUUCGAGUGGCAUUUUCUGGGGCCACUGCUUGUGUGGCCCAUGUGGAUGGUGUUGACCUUCAUGUGGCCAACACAGGCGAUAGCAGAGCCAUGCUGGGUGUGCAGGAAGAGGAUGGCUCUUGGUCAGCAGUCACUCUCUCUAAUGACCACAAUGCUCAGAAUGAAAGAGAACUGGAACGGCUGAAAUUGGAACACCCAAAGAAUGAGGCCAAGAGUGUGGUAAAACAAGAUCGUCUGCUUGGCUUACUAAUGCCUUUUAGGGCUUUUGGGGACGUAAAGUUCAAAUGGAGCAUUGACCUUCAAAAGAGAGUGAUAGAAUCUGGCCCAGACCAGUUGAAUGACAACGAAUAUACCAAGUUUAUCCCUCCUAAUUAUUACACGCCUCCUUAUCUCACUGCUGAGCCAGAGGUAACUCACCACCGAUUAAGGCCACAGGAUAAGUUUCUGGUGUUGGCUACUGAUGGGUUGUGGGAGACUAUGCAUAGGCAGGAUGUGGUUAGAAUUGUGGGCGAGUACCUAACUGGCAUGCAUCACCAACAACCAAUAGCUGUUGGUGGCUACAAGGUGACCCUGGGACAGAUGCAUGGCCUCUUAACAGAAAGGAGAGCCAAGAUGUCCUCAGUAUUUGAGGAUCAGAAUGCAGCAACUCAUCUCAUUCGCCACGCUGUGGGCAACAACGAGUUUGGGACUGUUGAUCAUGAGCGUCUCUCCAAAAUGCUUAGUCUUCCUGAAGAGCUUGCUCGGAUGUACAGAGAUGACAUUACAAUCAUUGUUGUUCAGUUCAAUUCUCAUGUUGUAGGGGCAUAUCAAAACCAGGAAUAGUGAGUGGAUCUUACUGUGGCAAUUCUCCAGUGAAACUUAAAAGGGCAGAUUUUAAAAAACAUACUAGUAUAAUAAGCAUUUCUAGGGAAUCAUUCCAAGCAUUUGACCGUUUGAAACUAGCUAUACAGAACUCCAAACUGAUUUUGUGGCAGGGUGGCAGGAUCAUGAGAGUCUAAUUCUGUGCUAGGUUGGACCUCACAGCACGUGCACUUUUGAGGCAAGUCAGUUCCUUAUCAUAGGUGUCUUGAGACAUUGGCUUCUUUUUAUCAAUCUGAAAAAACCAGGAUGGCCUGGCAAAUAGGAUCUUGAGUAGGCUGAAAGCAAGUACCUUGCUGGGCGUAUUCUCGUGGUUAAAGGGAAGAAACAUUACUGUUCACACCUGCAGACCCCUUUCUACACUCAAAUUCCAGUAUGCAUGACAUUUAUUGAUUGCAUGAACUCCUACAUUCACAAUCUAUGCAUUAUUUAUAAAGUUAUUUUAGCCUGAAAUGGUUUUCAAAUAUGGUACUUUAAGCCAUAAAUAACCAGGAACCAAGCAACCUGAAUUCGUAGUUUUGUGAUUAUUUGAAUGAAAUGCUUCUUAAUUGAAAAGCAAACUAUACUCCCUCUCUACCCCAAUUUUGUAAUGUAAUUUACACAUUUUCUAUUUUGCCACACACUUGAGGACAAUAAAAGUUUUUAGUUUUAUCUACUCUUAUAUGGAUGUUAAAUAAAGAAAAUACGUUUUUUUUGUUUGUCUUAAUGAAAAGCCUUAUUUAGUUUGAAAUAAAAAGAUCCAGAAUAAAAAGCAGAGACUGAUAUGUUAAAUUAUUGCCAUGUGCAGCCACCAGCACAUCACUAUUCUCAUGUAAUCCCCAAAGGCCUGGCAUGUAAGUGGGGAUGGGUAGACUGCUGCUGGGAAAACUUUUUAAUUUAGUUGUGAUAAUAAUUUUCAUCAUUUUGGACUUCUACAUAUGAUAUAUAUAUAUAUAUAAAAUAUCAGUUUGGGGAGUAAAGCAUUGAGGUAUCACCUUUAGUUAUUGAGGUGGGGAAGAAAGCGUUUCAGUUUUUUCCCACUUAGACAUAGGUCAAUUUAAAUAUUUGGUUUAAAAAUUACUAAGUGCUUUAAACAUAUUGUAGCUUAUAAAUAGGAAUGUUAAGAUAAAUAAUAUGAGAAAUUUUAAAAGGUAACCAUUGUGCAUGUGUGAUGCUUAAUAGAACACUUCAUGGCAUUAAGUAUUUGCAGCAGUCUCCAUAAUUAUAUGCAGUCCCUUUUAGAUGCUGUAUCGAAGUAAAUUAAAAUAAAUAUAUUCAUAUUGGCUUUCUGGGAGCUUAUUUGAUAUGCAUCAAAUGACAUUUUGUUCCUGUGUUUAAUGGUGAUCUGUAUAUAGCUGUGCAUAUAAUUUCUUUGUUUAUUCUGGCACCACUAUUAAAAAUGACUAUGACUAUGUUUGAUAUGCAUAUAGAUUUUGAUAUAAAACAUGUUCAGCUUUCCAUGUUUAGAAGUCCUUCCAGAUUUCUGGUAGACUAUGAACUACAUGUCUAAGGACUCCCUCUGGACUGUGGAUUCUGAAGCAAUGUAUUACCAGUUGCUAAAUUUGUUCCAAUUGGAAAUAGUCUCAGGAAGAUUGCAGUUCAGAACAUACAAUGUUUUUUCAGUUUUUGUUUUUUUUUUUUAAACUCAUCUUGGAACUUAUUUCCAGGCAGUAUUUUGGAGGAAAAGGGCUAUACCAUGUAUUUACUUCUAAAGUUUCAUCUUUUAAUGAAAUGUAUGUGGACUGCAGUAGCAAUUAAACCCAUUUCCAGAUACUCUUUGAAUUACUCUUGAACGACACCAUUGAAGAAAUCUGUUUUAUUGUAUGCUUAAUAAGUCUCAUCUCUGUAUAGAACAGUGCAUAUAAAUUUGGUUUCUUGUGCUCAUGAUCAAGAUGGUAAUUAUUAUUACAUAGGAAAUUUGGUCUGCAGUUGGAGAGCUGGUCUACUCUAGAAAUGAAAAUGCACAGUGGAGGUACUGACAUUGUGGAAAUGGGAAUAAUUGGAUGUCAGAAAUCUGAAUAUACUAUCAUUUAAACACAGUUGUAUUUUAUUGUAACUGGUUGUCACUGUGAUGUGGUAUCUAGGAUUAAAGAAUACAUGUAUACUUUCAUGCUAUUUAGCCUUAAAUUUUUAUUGUUUAAAUUUUCUAGCAUAUGCAUUCAACUUCUGUAUUUAUAUUUAAUCAGUGAUUCAUGAUAUUUAUAAUAUACCUUUAGUCAAAUGGAAUGUUGGUAUGGAUUGGAACUUGGUAGGAAGACUGUCUUAUAAAGUAUGUAUCUUUGUGAAGCUAUAUGACACAGUGUUUAUAUAUAUUACAGAGAAUGGUCAUAGAAAUGCCCACACCAAAUUAAAGCUUCAUAUCUGUUUUCUGAA